CACAGCCUGCUGAAAUUACAACCCUUUUGCCCUCCUCUUCUGCUCCGUUAAAGGUGUCUCACAGAAACCCUUCCAGAUUCAGAUCAGGGUCGACUAGAGGAGUUUGUGUCCAGGCUAAGUGUGACAGGAGGAGGGGCGUUGCGUUUGUGUGUUGGAAUUUGGGGGGAGACGCUCUUUUGAAUGGAUAGAGAGGGAAGGCGAACAAUCAGAGAGACAGCAGCAUGCACGUCUCCUCUUGGACAUUAGACUGGGACCUUUCGGAUAUCUUGGAUUCGCACUGAAAGAAGGAGCAGAAAGAGCGUUUCGUACUCUGUUGUUUCUUCCCAUUCCGUGGUUUCCUGGGAGGAAUCUGGAAAUAGUUUCCCUCUCGGUCAGGGAUCAUGGAUUUGGAGUGGGCGUCCGGGGGCCCCGAGGGCUUCUAUCAGGAGCCGAGCUUCCCCGCGCAAAUGCCCUUCAACUACAAUCAGCUCGAGGGGCGUUUCAAGCAGCUGCAAGAUGAGCGAGAGGCCGUGCAGAAGAAGACCUUCACCAAAUGGGUGAACUCACACCUGGCGCGCGUGUCGUGUCGGAUCACGGAUCUGUACAUGGACCUGCGAGACGGACGGAUGCUCAUCAAGCUGCUGGAGGUGUUGUCCGGAGAGAGACUGCCCAAGCCAACGAAGGGCCGCAUGCGUAUCCACUGCCUGGAGAACGUGGACAAAGCCCUGCAGUUCCUCAAGGAGCAGCGGGUGCACCUGGAGAACAUGGGGUCACAUGACAUCGUCGACGGCAACCACCGACUCACGCUCGGACUCAUUUGGACCAUCAUCCUCCGCUUCCAGAUCCAAGACAUCAGCGUGGAGACAGAAGACAAUAAAGAGAAGCGCUCAGCCAAGGACGCCCUGCUGCUGUGGUGCCAGAUGAAGACCGCAGGCUAUCCGAACGUCAACAUCCACAACUUCACCACCAGCUGGCGUGAUGGAAUGGCGUUCAAUGCCCUCAUUCACAAACACAGGCCAGACCUGAUUGAUUUCGACAAACUGAAGAAGUCCAACGCUCACUACAACCUGCAGAACGCCUUCAACCUGGCCGAGCAGCACCUGGGUCUCACCAAACUUCUGGACCCAGAAGAUAUCAGCGUAGACCAUCCCGAUGAGAAGUCCGUCAUCACUUACGUCGUCACGUACUACCAUUAUUUCUCCAAGAUGAAGGCCUUGAAGGUGGAGGGCAAACGUAUCGGAAAGGUGCUUGACAACGCCAUCGAGACUGAGAAGAUGAUCGAGAAAUAUGAAUCUCUGGCGUCCGAUCUGCUGGAGUGGAUUGAACAAACCAUCAUCAUCCUCAACAACCGCAAGUUUGCAAACUCACUAGUUGGAGUCCAGCAGCAGCUUCAGGCCUUCAACACCUACCGGACAGUGGAGAAACCGCCCAAAUUCACUGAGAAGGGCAACCUGGAGGUGCUUCUGUUUACUAUCCAGAGCAAGAUGAGGGCCAAUAACCAGAAGGUGUACAUGCCCCGAGAGGGCAAACUCAUCUCAGACAUCAACAAGGCGUGGGAGCGUCUGGAGAAGGCUGAGCACGAGCGCGAGCUGGCGUUGAGGACCGAGCUGAUCCGACAGGAGAAACUGGAGCAGCUCGCCAGACGCUUCGACCGCAAGGCUGCCAUGAGGGAGACCUGGCUGAGCGAGAACCAGCGCCUCGUUUCCCAGGACAAUUUCGGAUUCGACCUCCAGGCGGUUGAGGCAGCUACCAAAAAACACGAAGCCAUCGAGACGGAUAUCGCGGCGUACGAGGAGCGCGUGCUGGCGGUGGUCGCCGUGGCCAAAGAACUGGAGGCCGAGAACUACCACGACAUCAAGCGAAUCGCGGCUCGUAAAGACAACGUGCUGCGGCUGUGGGAGUAUCUGCUGGAGCUGCUCAAAGCUCGCCGGCAGCGGCUGGAGAUGAACCUCGGCCUGCAGCGCGUCUUCCAGGAGAUGCUCUACAUCAUGGACUGGAUGGAUGAAAUGAAGAUGCUGCUGCUGUCUCAGGAUUAUGGGAAGCACUUGCUUGGGGUGGAAGAUCUGCUUCAGAAACACGCUCUGGUGGAGGCCGACAUCGGCAUACAGGCCGACCGCGUCAAAGCCGUCAACGCCAACGCACAGAAGUUUGCCGUGGAUGAGGAGGGCUACAAACCUUGUGACCCUCAGGUCAUCCGUGACCGCGUGGCCCACAUGGAGUUCUGCUACCAGGAACUGACCCAGCUCGCAGCCGAGCGCCGCGCCCGCCUCGAAGAGUCCCGUCGCCUUUGGAAGUUCUUCUGGGAGAUGGCCGAGGAAGAGGGCUGGAUUCGCGAGAAAGAGCAGAUCCUGUCCUCGGACGACUGCGGUAAGGAUCUGACGGGCGCCGUCCGCCUGUUGAGUCAACAUCGCGCCCUCGAAGACGAAAUGACCGGCCGCGCCGGUCACCUCCAGCACACGGUGCGCGAAGGUCAAGCGAUGGCCGACGCCGGGCAUUUCGGCGAAGCCAAGAUCCGUGAGCGUAUUGCAGACGUCCAAGCGCAGUGGGCUGCUCUGGAACAGCUGGCAGCGGUGAGGAAAACCCGCUUGGAAGAAGCCUGCAGCCUUCACCAGUUCCAGGCCGACGCUGACGAUGUUGACGCCUGGACUUUGGACGCACUCCGAAUCGUCUCCACCGCUGACGUUGGCCAUGAUGAAUUUUCCACUCAAGCUUUGGUCAGGAAACACAAAGACGCGUCGUCCGAGGUUGCUAGUUAUCGGCCAGUGAUCGACGCCCUUCACGAGCAGGCGCAAUCCCUUCCUCCCGAACUGGCGCAGACUGCGAAUGUCAACGAGCGGCUGGCGGGCAUCGAGGAGCGCUAUAAGGAGGUUUCAGAGUUGACCAGGCUGAGGAAACAGGCUCUGCAGGACGCCCUGGCGCUCUAUAAGAUGUUUAGCGAGGCAGAUGCAUGUGAACUGUGGAUCGAUGAGAAAGAGCAGUGGCUCAACAGCAUGGAGAUCCCAGAGAAACUGGAGGACCUUGAGGUCAUUCAGCACAGGUUUGAGAGUCUGGAGCCUGAAAUGAAUAACCAGGCCUCACGUGUGGCCGUCGUCAAUCAGAUCGCCAGGCAGCUGAUACACAGCGGACACCCGAGCGAGAAAGACAUCAAAGCUCAACAAGACAAACUCAACACCAGGUGGAGUCAGUUCCGCGACCUGGUGGACCAGAAGAAAGAGUCCCUGAACUCCGCCUUGGGCGUGCAGAACUACCACCUUGACUGUAAUGAGACAAAAUCCUGGAUCCGUGAGAAGACAAAAGUCAUCGAGUCCACCCAGGAGCUGGGCAACGACCUCACGGGCGUAAUGGCCCUUCAGCGCAAACUCACCGGCAUGGAACGCGAUCUGGCUGCCAUCGAAGCCAAACUGGGCGACCUCCGCGGUGAGGCGGAUCGCUUGGCCGGCGAACAUCCCGACCAGGCCAAAGCCAUCACGGGACGGCUGGCGGAAAUCACCGCCGUUUGGGAGGAGAUGAAAGAAACACUACGAAACCGCGAAGCGUCUCUUGGCGAAGCCAGCAAGCUGCAGCAGUUCCUCCGCGAGCUGGAUGAUUUCCAGUCCUGGCUUUCCCGUACGCAGACGGCCAUUGCGUCCGAGGACAUGCCCAACACGCUAGCCGAGGCGGAGAAGCUUCUAGCCCAACACGAAGGCAUCAAGAACGAGAUUAACAACUACGAAGAGGACUACCAGAAGAUGAGAGACAUGGGUGAGAUGGUGACACAGGGACAGACGGAUGCUCAGUACAUGUUCCUGAGACAAAGGCUCCAGGCUUUGGAUACUGGAUGGAACGAGCUUCACAAGAUGUGGGAGAACCGGCAGAACCUUCUGUCACAGUCUCACGCCUAUCAGAUCUUCCUCAGAGACACCAAACAAGCUGAGGCCUUCCUUAACAACCAGGAGUAUGUUCUGGCCCAUACCGAGAUGCCCACCACCCUGGAAGGGGCGGAAGCUGCCAUUAAGAAACAGGAGGACUUCAUGACCACCAUGGACGCCAAUGAAGACAAGAUCAACAGUGUGGUGGAGGCCGGUAGGAGACUUGCCAGCGAUGGAAACAUCAACGCCGACCGCAUCCAGGAGAGAGCAACCUCCAUCGAUGACCGGCACAAGAAGAACCGUGAGGCCGCUGUGGAGCUGCUCAUGAGGUUGAAGGACAACAGAGACCUGCAGAAGUUCUUGCAGGACUGCCAGGAGCUGUCCCUGUGGAUCAAUGAGAAGAUGUUGACAGCACAGGACAUGUCCUACGAUGAAGCUCGAAACCUGCACAGCAAAUGGCUCAAACAUCAAGCCUUCAUGGCCGAACUGCAGUCCAACAAAGAGUGGCUGGACAAAAUCGAGAAGGAAGGGAAGCAGCUGGUCUCGGAGAAGCCGGAGACAGAAGCUGUAGUGAAGGAGAAGUUGGCGGCGCUGCAGAAGAUGUGGACCGAACUGGAAACCACAACUCAGACUAAAGCCCAGUGUCUGUUUGAUGCCAACAAGGCCGAACUCUUCACACAGAGCUGCGCCGACCUGGACAAAUGGCUGGUGGGCCUGGAGGGUCAGAUCCAAUCAGACGACUAUGGCAAAGACCUGACCAGCGUCAACAUCCUGCUCAAGAAACAACAGAUGUUGGAGAACCAGGUGGAGGUUCGUCAGAGGGAGGUGGAGGAGCUUCAGUCUCAAGCUCAUGUGCUGCGUCAGGAAGGAAAGGACACGGACGAGGUCGAUGGACGUCGGGUCGAGGUGGAGCAGAAGUUCCAGGAGCUGCUGGAGCCGCUGUUGAAGAGGAAAAACUUCCUCAUGGCCUCUCGUGAGAUCCACCAGUUUAACCGCGACGUGGAGGAUGAGAUUCUUUGGGUUGAGGAGAGGAUGCCUCUUGCUACGUCGACAGACCAUGGCAACAAUUUACAAACUGUUCAGCUACUUAUCAAGAAGAACCAGACAUUACAGAAGGAGAUCCAGGGCCAUCAGCCUCGCUGUGACGACAUAUUUGAGCGCAGCCAGAGCAUCCUGAAGGCCGACAGCCCCAACGUGGAGUCGAUCCGAGCCCGUCUGACCGACCUGCAGCAGCUGUGGAGCCUGAUCAUCCAGGAGACGGAGAAACGCCACACCAGACUCGAGGAGGCCCAUAAGGCCCAGCAGUACUACUUCGAUGCAGCUGAAGCUGAAGCCUGGAUGAGCGAGCAGGAGCUCUACAUGAUGUCUGAAGAGAAGGCCAAAGAUGAGCAGAGUUCAGUGGCCAUGCUGAAGAAACACCAGAUCUUGGAGCAGGCGGUGGAGGACUAUGCUGAGACUGUUCACCAACUGUCCAAGACGAGCCGAGGCCUGGUGGCCGCCAACCACCCUGAGAGUGAGAGGAUUGGCAUGCGCCAAUCACAGGUGGAUAAACUGUAUGCUGGACUGAAGGACCUAUCAGAGGAGAGGAGAGGCAAACUGGAGGAGAGGUUCCGCCUCUUCCAGCUGAACCGGGAGGUGGACGAUCUGGAGCAGUGGAUAGCCGAGAGAGAGGUGGUGGCUGGAUCUCACGAGCUCGGCCAAGACUACGAACACGUCACUAUGCUGCAGGAACGCUUCCGUGAAUUCGCCCGGGACACCGGAAACAUCGGUCAGGAGCGCGUGGAUGGCGUCAACCGCAUGGCGGACGAGCUCAUCAACGCUGGCCACGCCGACGCCGCGACUGUCGCCGAGUGGAAGGACGGUCUGAACGAGGCCUGGGCCGAUCUGCUGGAGCUCAUCGACACGCGUACGCAGAUUCUCGCCGCAUCCUACGAGCUGCACAAGUUCUACCACGACGCCAAGGAAAUCCUGGGACGCAUCCUGGACAAGCAUAAGAAGCUUCCAGAAGAGCUGGGCCGAGACCAGAACACGGUGGAAACCUUGCAGAGGAUGCACACCACAUUUGAGCACGACAUCCAGGCACUUGGGACGCAGGUCAGGCAGUUGCAGGAAGAUGCCGUGCGCCUGCAGUCAGCAUAUGCUGGAGACAAAGCCGACGACAUCCAGCGGCGUGAGGGCGAGGUGCUCGAGGCCUGGAGGAGUCUUCUGGAAGCCUGCGAGGGCCGACGGGCACGACUGCUGGAUACCGGAGACAAGUUCCGCUUCUUCAGUAUGGUGCGUGACCUCAUGCUCUGGAUGGAGGACGUCAUCCGCCUUAUCGAGACUCAGGAGAAGCCCAGGGAUGUGUCAUCUGUGGAGCUUCUCAUGAACAACCACCAGGGUAUCAAGGCUGAAAUCGACGCCCGUAAUGACAGUUUCACGGCCUGCAUCGAGCUGGGCAAGUCUCUCCUGGCACGGAAACACUAUGCAUCAGAGGAGAUUAAAGAGAAGUUGCUGCAGUUGACGGACAAGAGGAAAGAUAUGAUUGACAAGUGGGAGGACAGAUGGGAGUGGCUGAGACUGAUUUUGGAAGUGCACCAGUUUUCGCGGGACGCCGGCGUGGCAGAGGCAUGGCUGCUGGGACAGGAGCCGUAUCUGUCCAGCAGGGAGAUGGGACAGAGUGUGGACGAGGUGGAGAAGCUGAUCAAACGACAUGAAGCGUUCGAGAAAUCAGCCGCGACCUGGGAGGAACGCUUCUCAGCGCUGGAGCGACUGACUACGUUGGAGUUAUUGGAAGUGAGAAGACAGCAAGAGGAGGAAGAGAGGAAGAGGAAACCGCCCACGCCGGAGCCGGUCCAGGCGCAGGACGCAGAGACACAGCAGAGAGAAGGAGAGCAGAUUGCCCAGAACGGACUACCAUCAGACCAGGACUCGCCACGGGAUGGAGUGGACGGCGAGAUGAACGGAGUGGCCGAGAGGAGCUCGAAGGAGCCGAGUCCGAUCCCGUCACCGACCGCAGACAGACGGGGGAAAGGCAGCCAAUCCGCAACGCUGCCGGCUAAAGGUCAGGAGACGCCGUCCGCCCAGCUGGAGGGAUUCCUGCACCGCAAACACGAGUGGGAGGGACACAACAAGAAAGCGUCCAGCAGAUCCUGGCAUAACGUGUACUGUGUCAUCAAUAACCACGAGAUGGGCUUCUACAAAGACAAUAAGAGCGCGGCUCAGGGCAUCCCGUACCACAACGAGAUCCCCAUCAGCCUGAAGGACGCCGUCUGCGAGGUCGCCGUUGACUACAAAAAGAAGAAGCAUGUUUUCAAGCUCAGAGUUACUGACGGAAAUGAGUAUCUCUUCCAAGCCAAAGAUGAUGAGGAGAUGAACACAUGGAUUCAGGCCAUUCAGAACGCCGGCAGCGGCUCCUCGUCCUCCGAGAAAUCCGAGAUCACGCCUAGCAACCAGAGCACGCCCGCCUCCAGCCGCGCCCACACGCUCCCGGCAACCGUCACCCUGACGACCGAAUCCAGCCCCGGCAAGCGCGAGAAAGACAAGGAGAAGGACAAAGAGAAGCGCUUCAGUCUCUUCAGCAAGAAGAAGCAGUAGACGUCCGUCUGUUCCCCUGGCAACAGAAACAUUCGAUUCUCUCAUUCCCUUAAUUCUUUUACGACUUUUUCUCAUUUCGAUUCUGUCGUUUUGUUUGUGUCUGCCCACCUCCAGUGAUAUCCCAGCAUGCAAAGCUCAUGAAGAUGCCACACUCUGUGCCUGACACCCCACGAAUUGGGUUCCAAAGUUGUACAAAACGAAAGGAAAAUGUUUAACACACAAACGAACGGAAAAAAAAAAAAGCAGGAGUGUGUCGCGAAUCGAUUCCAAUCCCGAUGUGGAAGUUUUAAAGGACCGGAUGUGUUUUUUUACGCUCUUACGUUUCUAUUGUGGUUGAUUUUCAAAUCCUGAAUCUUGCUAUCUCUCGUUUUUUGUAUCUGUGUGUCAUUGAGGGGUCUGGAUAUUUAAAACAUUUUCCUCAAUUUUGUGAGGCUGUCUUGGAGAGACGACGAAUCUCUCUUUGUUGUUAGGGAACAAGACAGUGAUGCUUCGAAACGAUUCCAUUGUCCCGCCUGCAGGCGGACGGACCGAGAAAAUUCCAUGUUAACGAAUUGUCGCGCUGAAAUAGCUACGCCAAGUUUCGUCAGAUUUGCCUUUUAACGAUUAUAAGCUGAUAAAACAGAUACUUGCUAAUAUGAAAGUAGACUAACACUCGCUCGAGGGCUGGUAGACUCGUGUCAUGUGAUCAGAUCAAGGCGGGUCGUACCAAACUCUAAGAAUGUUUGCUAUAUACAGAGGACUAGUAACCUGAAUCAAUUUUUUUUUCCUUUUUGUUUGUUAAUUGUCAUUUCUCUUGGGUUUUAUCAUAAUAUAUGUUUCAAAUAAUUCUAGUACAGAGUAUAAAAAUUAGAUGUAUUAUAAACACUUUAAAGCAUCAAUGUUAAGUGAACAGUGGAACAUUUACUGGUAAAAAGGUAAUGUUACUCCAACAACAACAACAACAACAACAACAAAAAAUUAAAAAAAGAACAAAAAAAAAAUAUGAAUACGGUUACUUGCUUGUGGGCUAUAGCACUGAGCAUUAUCUUUUCUCUUUGUUUUCUCGUUAUGGCUUCAUCCCGCUCUCCUGCUCUUUGAUACAUAGUGCGCAUCCCCUCCGUCACUGUAUCUAUUGUAAUUUUCAUCUACUGCACAAUCAAAAGCAACAUACUAGGAAUGAAAUCCUUUGCGAUGUCGGGCGUCCUGAGCGCGUAUAGAAACGCUCAGAUGUAUGAAACUGCACCUGUAGACUUUAACCCCCUGCCCUGUUAAAUAUGUGCGAUGUCAUUAAAUGCUUUUAAACAUUA